AAAACAAAGAAGGCCCUUAGCCUAACAGGCCUUUAAGCCUUUCUUUGCUUCCCCACCGUCCACCAACUGACAAAAAAACUCUAAAAAAAACCAACUGACAAAGAAAAAACUCGACACCGACCGGAGAGAUGCCCGGCGGCAGCCUCGCCACGGUGGGAUCCCGCUUCCUCGGCGGCCAGGGAGCCGCUGCCUCCGCCCUCGCGCCGUGAUGGGCCUCCCCGCAGGCAACGAGGUCGCCCCCGAACGCCCCAUCCGUGUGAACGAAGAACUCGUCUGGGACAACGGCACGCCCUUUCCCGGAGACCUGCGUCGACCGCCUCGCGCCCCCACAUCGGCUCGCUUCUUCGCCGCGCUCGGCCUGGCAGCCGUCGUCAGUGCCAAGAUGCCCCACGUACCGGACUUGGGAGAAGUACGCCGUGCAUCGGAGCCUCUAAGCCUAACUAUCUUACUGUCAUCAACUCUAGCAUGGCAAUGCCUUGCGCCAAAGGUCUACCCAUAUGACAACCUGACGGUGGAGCUUGGUGGUUGGUCAUAAGAUGGACCAGACCGUUUCAUCUCUUCAAGUUUUAACGGUAAAAUCUUUCGCUCUGGUGUCUAUCGUUACCGCAACAAGCUUCUCAUUCUCUGACUGGCGAUCUUUCCUUCAUUCUGUUGUUUACGACUGUGUUGCAAAGGUUAUAACUUCUUCUACCAACAAUAACUCGACGGCUCACAGGCUCUUGCGAAUGAGCUGCUGUGCUGCGAAGAGGCAAACAAUGUUGGGACAUUCUGUGGUAAAAUUCCCCACCACCAUGAUAUGUAACCUCCGUAGACCGAGUACAGCUGCUCGUGUUAAUGAAAAUGAUGUUACGGUUCCAAUAAUAUUGUCGACCGUGUCAGCUGGUGCUCGUGUUUUUGGCUCCGCCUCUGCAUUAUACUGUGCUGUUGAUGGGUGAACUGGAAAUUGGCUGAAGACAGCUUGGUCGGUUUCGGAGCUUAGCAGAAUGCUGUGACGCAAGUGGUUCAUGUGGGGAUGAUGAAACCCCAAAAGCAUUAUUGGUCUCAUUCUUGGUCUCUCUCUUGCUGCGUAGCUGGUCCAGGGGAACCCGAUGCGUUGAGUGCUUUGGCCAUUUCUAUAGCUCUCCAUUUUAUUUUGUUCUGUUGCCAUGGGCAGCUUGUGUCACUCUUUUGUUUAUUCAUUAUAGUGGGAAGAGGCUGUGUAUAACAACUUGGUCAGUCAGCCAGUCAUAGGCCCAUCAUGCCAGAGGAAGCUAAUUAAGCUAGCUGGCACAUGGUGUAGUGUGCAGGUUACUUCAUCACAAGACCAAUCCAUCACCCAUAUGCAUGUCUGAUGCCUUGGCCACUGAUAAUUAAGCUACAGCUUAUGAUUGUAGUAUGUUUAAUUACCUCACUUUCUCUCUUGAGUAGUUAACCAGUGAUCACUAAUUACUGCACA